AAGUUGUCCAUGGCAGCAUGGGGGAGAUGAUGUUGGUGAAAUAACUGCAUUUGGCCGGAAAUGAAUACUUGGGUAUUGUGGUUGACUGGCUCAAGAAUUGGGUUCUCAUGGUUAACGCCGACGUGUUCAGGUAGUCAUGCUCAUGCUGGGCAAUCAUUUAUUUCUCACAUCACUGCAAAGAUCCUUGACAGCAUUCAAGUGGACAUCCGAAAUCUUGAUAUUUUAUACAGUGACCUUCAGAAUGAUCUGGGGCAUGUUAUGUUUGGUUUGAAGUUUUCAAACUUGACCGUGAAACAAAAUCUUAUUGGGUCUUCAAAUGGAAAGGUGAGAUUGGACCAAGUACAUAAAAUUGUAGUGAUCAAAGGACUGGAAUUUUAUUCCAGUAUGUUUCAUGGUUCAAUGGAAUUGAUAACUGUGAACAGUAUGAGUAACUCCUACUCCGCGAGCAAUAUAAGAUCUGAAGGAAAACAUUACGAUUCUAUAUUGGCACCAUGUGAUGUAACCUUGAUUCUUUCGGCUAACAAAUCACAAAAGCUUGAUGACACUGCUCCUCAGUAUUCUGUCACCGCUGAAUUGAGUGGUUUGGUUAUAUCUUUAGAUGAAGCUCAGUUACAACAGAUGUUUCUUGUGUGGGAUUAUGUCUGCACUUGUAGAUUAAGAGAAAAGUAUGGUUGUUUUCGUCCUUGGCAUUGUCCUACAUCAAGAAAAUUUGACCGUUGGCAAAUAUUUUGGUGGCACUAUGCACAGGAAUCAGUCCUUUCAGAUGUUCGCAAGAAACUAAAGAAAACAUCAUGGAGAUACCUUGGAGAUCGAUUAAGUUAUCGUCGGAAAUAUAUUAACUUGUACAAGACUAAGUUGGAUUUUCUCCAACAAGAACAGCCGGUUGAUGAUGAUGUUCUUCGAGAUUUGGAGCAAAUGGAGAAAGAAUCAGAUCUAGAUGAUAUUUUGAAUUAUCGAUCUGCUGCAGAAUAUGAGAUGCGGGAAUUCCUUUCAAGGUGUUCUACACCAAACAAUGGCAGGAUUCACACUGAUAUUCUGAAUGAGAAGUCAUGCAAUGAUGAGCACACUGUCAAAUCACGGGGUUGGUUGAAUUGGCUAUCUCGUGGUAUGCUAGGUGCCGGUGGAACUGAUGAUUCCAGUCAAUUUUCUGGAGUCGUGUCUUAUGAUGUUAAGGAUAUAUCGGAAGCAACUGAAUUUCAUCCUCUGGUUCCAUCCAGUGUUGAUCUCACUACAAAGCAUGAAUUAUGCAUAUUUGCAUUGAAGUUUGAGAUUCAUCAAAUUUCUGCAACUCUAUGUAGCAAGAGAUAUGGUAAGGGAAUUGCAGAAAUAAUUCUUGAAGGUGGAAUUGUUGAGUCGAAGCUCUACAAAGAACAUGGAAUUAUUAUCUCCAAAUUCAAGUCUGGGAAAACGGUUAACCCAAACAGCGGGGAGGUCAUUUUGCAUAUUAGAGAGCCCAUUGUUGAAAAGAAUGUAGGGGACAUUUUGGAUCAUUCAUGCAGCAUUCAAGUAAAUUUUUCAUCUGACGGAUAUAUGGACAUGUCAGUAAAGGGAAUGCUUCAACAACUUGAAGUAACAUUUGAAGCAAACAUUUUUUUGAAUCUGUUGGAAUUUUAUGAUGUCUUUACAUCCUUCAAAUUUCAUAAUGAAAGGGUGCUGUUGUCACUGAAUGGAAUUGAAAAUGACAAUACACGCCUCUUGUCCAAAGCAGAAUAUGUUUUCGUGAACCAUAAGAAAGUUAUGUGGGAUGUCACCAUUUUUGAUGUUUCUAUUAAUCUUCCUUGGAGAAAUACAACAUCUGAGUAUAACAACAUGGUUAUGAAGUCAAGGUCUUUAUGCUUUAAGUCGAUAACUGGUCUUGAGUCUUUCUCUUCAAAAGUUGAGGAACAACCCUACUAUGUGAAGAACUUUUUAAAUUCUAUAUCCACAACUGGGAUUUGUUUAGGCAUUCAACUUCAAGAUCUAUAUCAUUAUUUCGAUGUUAAACUAAAUGAUUUUAAGAUCACCAUAAUGAAUUCUGACCAAUCACAAAUGGUUUCUAUUCUUGAGAAAUUCAGUUCUUCAUUCUUCCUUGCAUUUUGCUUGAUCCGUGAUGAGUCUGUUUUGAAGCAGUUGGAGGUUUAUGUACUCAUAGAAUCACUUAAAGCACACUUCUCUCCAUCAAUAUAUGGAGCAUUCAUAGAAUUGUUCACUCAUCUGGGCACAUUGCAUGUAUGGAGUGAAUCUGAAAUCUUGAACUGUCCCAAUCCUCCCAAUAUUGUUUCCGUUGAGCCAACAUCAUCUACUUUUGGUAUAUCUAUUAUUUCAAAGCUUGGUUCAAUUGAUCUGGAAGUGGACCUUGAAAACAAUGGAGAUAAUAGCUUAGAGAUCUUGGUUUCUUUACAAGAAAUGGACAUACGGUAUAAUUCUACAGACUUUCAGGAGUUCUUUGUCAGUAUGAAGUCUUUAAUGAUCUGUGCUUAUAAAAUGAAAGAAGAAAAAGACAGCCGUUUUGUGCUUUUGACAGGGAAUUCAUCUUCUCCUGGUGCUGCAGUUGGAGAAGACUAUGUUUCUGAACCAAAUAUUGAUUUUGAUCAAUAUUCUGAUGCAGCUGAUGCAUGUUUUGCCAUGCAUUAUGAAUUUCCCAGAACUGGUUUAGUUUGUCACAAGUGUUUUAUGUGCAUAAAUAAUGCUGAUAUCCAUUGCUAUCCGCAUAUUUUUGGACUGCUUAUUGGGUUCUUUAACCGAUUGUCUGCCUAUAGUACCAGUUUUCAGAAAUCCUCUACCGGCAAUACUGCUGACAUUUCAAAAAAUUUCUCAAAUUUUGGGUUACAAAAGUUUGGCUUCUCAAAUUAUUUUGAAUUGGGUUCCGCGGAUUCUGCAUGCAUUCCUUUGGCUUGCUUUCCGUUUGUUACAAUUUACAAUUCUGGUUCUCUUGGUAGGCUAGAGAGUGCUCUCAUACAUGCCAUUCCUGACUGGAGAAAAUAUUUUACUCUGAGGGACAGAAAAAUCAUAAGUUCCAAAACCAAUAUGAGAAGAGGGUCCAAAGUUUUGCAUGUCUCUCCUUUGAAGUCCAAAUCUGAUUAUGGAUAUUUUCUUGAAUCUGGGAUUGUGAGCACCUCUAAUAAUUUUUCCAUUGAGUUGCACCUAAAUGGAAUAAGGGCUCAUUUUCAUGAUUCAUCAUGCAUUAUUGGAACAAUCAUGGUGCCUACAUCGGAAUCAUCUCUAUUUUUUUGUGAAGACAGUAUGGAUAUAUUGUUUUCUACUGAAGGAUUGGUUCUUACAUCAUCUUGGGGCACUCGAAAUUUUCAAGAUUAUCUAUGGGGUCCCUCCUCAGCAAAUUUGUCUCCUAUUUUAAAUGUACGGUUAAGGAAAAGACUGAACACAUCUUCAACUGCUGAGUUGGAAGUAAGCAUCAGCAUUCAGCAUGUGUACUGCAUGUUAUCCUCUGAAUAUCUCUCCAUCAUCAUUGGUUACUUUUCAUUAUCUGAUUGGGAUGGUGAUUCAAAUGAUCGGUUUUCAAUUAUAGAGCAAAGUGAUAUAAAUGUAAAAAAUGAAAUGAGCAUUGCAUAUAAGUUUGAAAUCUUGGACUCUACUCUUAUUUUGCCAGUGGAAAGCAAUGAACAUCAGUUUCUUAAGGUUGAAAUGCCACAGAUAUAUUGUAGUUUCAUUAAGAAUUCUGGUUUUGACGAUGUAUUAAAGGACAUCCCCGCUGAAUCUUCAGUUCCUAUUCAUAAGCUUGCCAAAAGAAAUAAUUGUUUAAAUGUGUUUGCCCGAGACUUGUUCGUGUCAUUCCUUUUGUUCAAGAAUGAUAUGCUUGGCUUAGCAACAAUUGAACGGAAUACAGAAUUUAUAACGAGUACUUUAAUUGCACCCAUAAAUGCUGAUGUUUGGGUCAGAAUUCCACAUGGAAUUGAAUCUAACUGUAGAAGCUCUUCUUCGUCGAUAUGUUUCAUGACAAGCAUCAGCAGUUGUCAUAUUAUUGUUGAAGAUGACCACUUUUAUGAUGGAUGGAUGGCCAUAAGGGAUGUUAUUGAGGAAUUCUCCUCAGUUGAUGAUCAAUCCAAAUGUUUCAAAUCGGAUGUUCUGCAAUUCUUCCAUUCAAAGAGAAGUGUAAAGGCAACUGGAGCCAUUUCUCCAACCCUGACGGCCUCAACCAUGAUAUGGACAGAAGUUAGAUGUUGUACUCAAUCUUUGUUGAUAAGCUUCUGUCAUAGAAAAGAAGAUUCUUUGGAAUUAAUAACUAAGGGUGAUUUGUGGUUUAGUUGUUCUGCAUCCUUGAUAAAUGGUUCUUUGGUAUGCUUAGAUUUGGGUUUCUCUAAGUUAGUGUUGUACUCUCCACAUGAUUCCGUCUUGGCAAAAUGCACCUCAACUUCUUCAACCUUAGUACUUGGCAUCUCUUUUUCUAAAUCUAUUGACUUGAAGAAUGAACUUGGCCUUUGUUUUUCGUCCCUUGAUAUUUGGCUUCACUUUUCUGAGUGGACUGAGGUUGUUAAAUUUUUCAAUCAUUUUUGUGCACAUAUGGAAAAAACUCCUAUAGAUGCACCAUCAAAGAGUUUGUCUGUCAAUGCUGCUAAUUCUGAAAAAAAAACAGUUGUUAGAGAUGCUUCCAUUUUUCUUGAUUCUGAAAGUGCCUCAUCACAUUUUAUAUUAGAAGAGAUGGAGGAUGUUGUAUUACUGAUUAUUAAGUCAGAAAACAUUUGUAUUACAAUUCAUAUCCCUGUCUGGUCUAGUGAGGAACCUGGUGUGGACUUUCAGCAUACUGAAGGUCUCAAGGUGACACCUUUAAGUGUAUAUUCUGAUAUAAUUGAAGAAAAAGAUGCAAGUUUUCUUAUUGUUUCUUUCAACAUGAAUGGUUUUGAAUUGGUCAUAAGAAGCAGUGAUAUCCAACUGAAGUCCAAUAUGGAAAAAUUGAGCAGUGUAAUAAUGAUAGUUGAGAAUGGAAGGCAUACUUCAACGCCACUUUUUGAUAUAAUUCAGGUUCAUGUGGACAUUGUACUCUAUAUGAAUGAUACAAACAACAUCAAUCUAAAAGGGGAGAUUAUCUGUGAUCAUUCAGAUGUAUGGUUACUGCAUCCUGCGUUCUAUUUAUGGGGUGCUGUAAAAUUUGAAGCUCCCAAAUCAGGAUCUUCUCUGCACUCAACAAGUGGCAUUACUUUUAAAUUUCAGAUGAGGAAGGUUUCUAUUCUACUGACAGAUGGAAAGUGGAGCUAUAAUGGGCCUCAGUUGGAGAUUCUUGUCAGAAAUAUCCUCUUCCAUGCGAAUGCAAUUGGAAAGCACUUUGAAUGUUCUGUCACUGGCAAUCUUCAAGUAAACUACAAUAACAUUGAAAAGGUGACAUGGGAGCCUUUUAUUGAGCCUUGGGAGUUUCUGUUGACUUUAGUCAGGGAACAAGAAAUGAGUGUUCUUCUGAACAGGUCUGUUUCAACAAAUAUCAUUCUCAAAUCAACGACACAGCUGAAUAUUAAUAUUACGGAAUCCUUAGUUGAGUGUGUUUCACGUUCUACUGAGAUGUUCUUGGAUGCCCUGGGUAUAUUGGGAUUGAAAGAUCAUGAAGGCAACAAACUUUCACAUUCACCAUGUUCUGAACACAUGUAUGCUAGAAGAUGUGCUGCUCCUUAUUUUCUACAAAACUUAACUUCUGUGCCUCUUCUAUAUCAUGUAUAUCAUGGACCUGUCAAUCCGGAUGAACUUUAUGACUCUGACGAGAAUCAUGCAAAAUAUGUGCAACCCGGUUCUGCAAUUCCAAUAUACAUGGACGAAAAUGCUGAACAACAACUCUCCCGUUACAGGCCUUCUCAAUCUUCUGAUAGUCUAAAUGAGCAAAGGUCAAACGGUUUUGCUCAUCAUUAUAUUAUUGUACAGCUUGAAGGAACAUCUAUGCCAUCUGAUCCAAUUUCAAUGGAUUUAGUGGGACUAACAUGCUUUGAGGUUAAUUUCUCCAAGACGUAUAAUGAAAAUGCCGAGGAUGGUAGAAUGAAUACAGCCCCUACUUUUGUUGUUCCUGUUGUUUUUGAUGUUUCAGUGCUGCGCUAUAGCAAGUUAAUACGAAUAUACUCCACUGUUGUCCUUUUAAAUGCAACUUCUACACCUCUUGAGCUGCGGUUUGAUAUUCCAUUUGGUGUGUCACCAACGAUAUUAGAUCCGAUACAACCCGGGCAACAAUUACCACUUCCACUACAUUUGGCUGAAGCUGGUUGUGUAAGGUGGCGGCCGAUGGGGAACUCUUACUUGUGGAGUGAAGCUCAUAACCUAUCAAAUCUUCUCUCAGUAAAUAGCAAAGUAGGAAAUUUCAAAUAUUUCGUGUGCUAUCCAUCUCAUCCAAGUAGUCAUCCAUUUCGGUGCUGUCUAUCAGUUAGGAAUAUCAGCUUGACUUCAUCUGGCUGGCUGAAAAAUAAUGUCUCUGCAGAUGAUGCAAAGAAGCACUACAUUCAUCAUUUGAUCCUAAGUGCUCCAUUAAUUAUUAACAACUACCUUCCUAAGGAAAUUAUGUUGAUCAGUGAGAGUGGUGGGGUAAAUCAUACUGUGAGAGUUUCAGAGGUGGAAACUUCUGUUUAUCAUAUUGAUCCCUCACACGACCUCGGACUGGAGAUCUGCAUUGAUGGAUUUAAGCAUUCUGAUUUUAAAUUUCCUCGUUUAGAAACUUUCUGCACAAUGGCCAAGUUCAGUGAAACCAAGUUUUCAUUGUCUGAAACCCUGAUAUUCGAACCAAAUAAUUCAAAUGGCCCUAUGUAUGUUACUGUGGAGAAGGUGAUGGAUGCAUAUUCUGGUAGCAGGGAACUCAUGAUUUUUGUUCCAUUUUUGUUGUAUAAUUGCAUGGGUUUUCCCCUGUGUAUAACGGAAACUACUGGUGAAACAAAUGAAAGGGGAUUUGUCAUUCCUUCUUAUUAUGAUGCUGGUGAAAGUGAAACAUUUUCUUCUAAAAAGGAUGGCCUUUCUCUGCUUACACCCAGCCAUGAAUUACGUGCUGAAGUUCACUGUAACCCAAGGAGUUAUCUGAAGAAUCAUACCUUUUCAUGCAGAGAGGAUGGUUUUCAAAAUUCCACGGGUUUUCGAAGGAACUCUUUAUUCUCUGGUAAUUACCAUGAAAAUUUUGCAAGGCAACAAAGCAAAAGCGAUUUUAUGUUUCGAAAUUCUUCUUUAGGAAGACUGAAGAGUCCACUAAGCUCAAGGAUCCAGUCAACUUGGAGAGAUUCGGGUUCUGGUAAUCAUGAGCAUGAGAAGGUUGGGCCAUGCAUGUAUUCUCCAAGCCCUAAUUCUUCUGUAAAUGAUGUUUUUGUUAAAGUAAGUAGAUGUUUUCCUGAAGAUGUUAAGGAACAGUUGCCAUAUUCUUUGUGGUCAAGUCCAUUUUCUCUGUUACCACCAAGUGGUUCGAGUACUAUCAUUGUUCCUCAGUUGUCUUCAAAUUCUGCAUUCAUUCUAGCUGUGACAUCUAACUUGGUUGCUGAACACUAUGCUGGGAGGACAAAUGCAAUUACUUUCCAGCCCAGAUUUGUGAUUAGCAAUGCUUGCAGCAAGGAAAUAUCUUAUCAGCAGAAGGGAACUGAUGUCCUCUUUUAUUUAGGAAUCGGAGAGCAUGCUCAUCUUCACUGGACAGAUACGACCAGGGAGCUACUUGUUUCAAUUUGUUAUAAUGAGUCUGGAUGGCAGUGGUCUGGCAGCUUUUUACCGGAUCAACUGGGUGAUACGCAACUGAAAAUGAGGAACUUUGUUUUUGGCACUUCAAACAUGGUACGGGUUGAAGUGCAAAAUGCUGACAUAUCAAUGGGAGAUGAAAAAAUAGUUGGAAACAUUAAGGGAAACUCAGGAACCAACUUGAUUCUUUUGUCAGAUGAUGACACAGGGUAUAUGCCAUACAGAAUUGAUAAUUUUUCUAAGGAGAGGUUGCGAAUAUAUCAGCAGAGGUGUGAAAUGUUUGACACAGUUAUUCACUCCUACGCUUCUUGUCCUUACACCUGGGAUGAACCCUGCUAUCCUCAUCGUCUUAUUGUGGAGGUACCUGGAGAGCGAGUGUUGGGGUCAUAUGCCCUUGAUGAUGUCAAAGAAUAUAUGCCUGUCUACUUGCCAUCAACUUCUGAGAAGCCACAGAGGACUUUCUUUUUAUCAGUCCAUGCAGAGGGAGCAACAAAGGUCCUCAGUGUUCUUGAUUCAAAUUACCAUAUUUUCAAUGAUGUGAGGAAAUCAAGUGUUCCACAUGCUGCAGAGAAAAGAUUAUAUGAUCACAAUCAAGUUAGGCCUUCAGAAUACACGGAGAAAAUAUCAAUUUUUAUUCCGUAUAUUGGGAUUUCUUUGAUUAGUUCAUACCCGCAGGAAUUGCUUUUUGCCUGUGUUAAGGAUAUACAAAUCGAUCUCGUGCAAAGUUUGGAUCGGCAAAAUCUUUCAAUGCUGAUAUCAUUCUUACAAAUUGAUAACCAGUUGCGCUCGACACCAUAUCCAGUUUUGUUGUCCUUCGAUAGUGGAUACAGAUCCUGCCAAGUUGACAAUAUGAAAUCGAGGGAUGAUGUUGCAAGAAAGAGAAUUGAAAUAUUAAAUCAAAUGAAUUCCUGCAGCAGUUCUUCUAUUCCUGUGUUCUGCCUAGAAAUGUCAAAGUGGAGGAAGAAAGACAUUUCAUUUAUAUCAUUUGAAUACAUAAAAUUGAGGAUUGCAGAUUUCCAUCUUGAGAUUGAACAAGGAGUCAUAUUAAGUUUAUUUGAGUUCUUUACAAAUAUCUCUUCUGGGCUGCAGUAUGGAAUCAUACCAUCUUCGGAUCACUAUGAUGGGGUAUCAUUAAGGGAUUCAUCCUCCUUUGUUCAAACUAGAGAGAAUUUCAGAUUAAGUGCUGACCAAUGUCCUCCAAGAAUUUCUAAUAUGUUUAAUGAAAAAUCUAAAAAAAAGGCAUCAUUACCUUCAAUAAUUCCAAUUGGGGCCCCAUGGCAAGAAAUUUAUCUGUUGGCCAGAACACAGAAGAAAAUUUAUAUUGAAAUGCUGGAAUUGGCACCUAUCAAAUUGACUUUGAGUUUUUCCAGUGCCCCGUGGAUGCUUCACAAUCGGAUCCUCACAUCCAAGGAAUUUCUUAUCCAUAGAGGUCUUAUGGCUCUAGCUGAUGUUGAGGGAGCGCAUAUUUAUCUAAAGCAUUUAACCAUUGCACAUCAUAUGGCCAGCUGGGAAUCCAUUCAGGAGAUUCUAAUUAGGCAUUAUAACCGCCAACUACUUCAUGAGACUUACAAGUUGUUCGGUUCGGCUGGUGUUAUUGGUAACCCCUUGGGUUUUGCAAGGAGCAUGGGGCUUGGCAUUAGAGAUUUCUUGUCUGUGCCUGCAAAGAGCAUUAUGCAGAGCCCUACUGGACUUAUCAUGGGCAUGGCUCAAGGCACCACUAGUCUUUUAAGCAACACAGUGUAUGCUAUUAGCGAUGCGGCUACUCAAUUCAGUAAAGCUGCACGCAAGGGUAUUGUCGCAUUUACGUAUGAUGACCAAGCAGUUUCAAGGAUGGAAAAACAACAGGCAACUGUAGCUUCUGAUAGUAAAGGCGUAAUAAAUGAAGUCUUAGAGGGACUCACUGGUCUUCUCCAGUCACCAGUAAGGGGAGCUGAGAGGCAUGGUCUUCCUGGUGUCCUCUCGGGAGUUGCUUUAGGGAUUACAGGACUUGUGGCAAAACCUGCAGCUAGUAUACUUGAAGUUACUGGUAAAACUGCACUCGGUAUUAGAAAACGUAGUAAACCCAAUCAAUUAAGAUCACAACGUUUUAGGGUGCGGCUUCCAAGGCCACUUUGCCGUGAACUUCCAUUAAGACCUUAUUCAUGGGAAGAAGCAGUUGGAACAUCAAUCAUUAUGGAGGCUGAUGAUGGCUUAAAGUUCAAAGAUGAGAAAUUAGUGGCCUGCAAAUCCCUUAAAGAAGCUGGUAAGUUUGUUGUCUUAACAGAAAGAUUUGUAUCGAUUGUUUUCAGUCCACGUUUGAUAAACUUGAGCAAGCCUGAAUUUUGUGGCAUCCCUGCUGAUUUGGAGUGGACGAUUGAAUGGGAGAUUGGAUUGGAGAAUAUAAUACAUGCUGACAGUGGUCAAGGGGUUGUACACAUUGUUGGUAGUAUACCAGAUUCCUUGUUGAGGCAAAAUCAACAUUCUCCUAAGAGAGGUAGUGGUAGCAGAACCAGAGCUGUGCGUUGGAACCAUUAUCCAACCCAUCUUCCACUUCCUCAGACAAACUUGGAACUAGCAUGUCAAGAAGAUGCAGCCAACUUUUUGCAGAUUUUGUUGGCUGCUAUUGAAAAAGGGAAAGGUAAGGCUUGGGGCUGUGGGCGGAUCCUGCAUCGAGCUAAUAUGAAGUAGUUUGCAGUUAAAUUAUGUCUAGGUUCUGGAAAUUUGGAAUAAUUUCUACAGUAGAAUGUGAACUAUAUAUAGUGGGCCUUAAAUUGGAAUUACAAAGCCUUUUGGCUUUAGUGAGGAGAAAGGAAAAUGGGAAUCAUAUCAAUACACUUAUUUUGCAUUUGAAAGUUCAUAUGCGCGUUUCAUCUCUGCACUUCCAAGCUUCAGAACCCUCCUCUUAAUAUUGGAUAACUUGUAAGGCCUCCUUUUUGGUCUUAUUUCCUUACAACCUUGGACGGUACAACAUGAAGCAAAUAUGAAAGAGCAUGGGGAAUUUUGAGAUAUCAAUUCAAAAAUCAUGAAAGAAGUUACUAUAUUUUCUCCGAGUAAUUUAUGCUUGUAUCUUGUACAUUAUGUAUGUUUUCCUGUCGUCAUUUUUGUUGGGGGAUGUAAAUAUUACAACGCUUGUACAGUAUAAUUUUUUUACUCCAUGUAAUUAAACGAGCUUUUUCC